AUGAGGUUCUCGCUGUGCGCGACGCUCCUGUGCCUGCUAUGCGGGCUAGCCAAAUGCCGGAAAGGCUUAAACUUUGAUCAGAUAAUCAAGUACCUAAAGGAAACAAAAGUUAUCCCCGAACAUAUUCCAGACACAUUGGAAGAUGCCAUCCAAAUAGUUCCCCCCUAUAUUAUAUAUAAGUAUAAAGGGAAGAUCUACUACCUACACAAUAAUGUAGAUAUUACCCCCGUAGACGAGAGGAAAACUGAUCCUGUAUUCCCCGUGCACGAGAAUGAGUUAGAAGCCAUAAAUCCAUUGGAGUGUCACCCGGUAGUACCCGGUAUCGAUGGAGCAGUAUCUCCUGUACUUCCAGAAAGUGUCACCUCGGAAGAGGUAGCUGACACGAUAAAGAUGGUUUUAGACGAAGACACAGGAAUUAUGGUGGCAACAAACACUAACGUAAUCAUCGAAAAGGAGAAGCACACCGUAGAAGGAUUCACCAUCCCGCAGGAUGCACAGUGGAGCAGUGAAGAUAAGGAAAAAAACAAAAAUGUGUACUUAUUUGGAGGGGAAAAUAGCACAGUGUAUAAGGUCAAAGAAAUUAUCCAGUAUAAGGAAAAUAAGGAUAUGUGUAAAAACAUCCAGAUCGGUUAUGAACGAUUCUACAGUAAACCUUCAUCUUAUGGUGAUGAUUUGGGAAUUACAUCUGAAGAGAAAAGUCCCAAAAUUGUCCACAAUGUAGACACGAAAGAUUACUCCUCCUUCCUAACUGCCUUACAUAUACUUUUUAGGAAGGAUGAAGAAAUAGGAGUCGAAAAAAUUUACAAAAUAAAUAACAUCCCCAAGACAGAUUUGCUUCUAUUCAUUAAGCAAGCUUACAAAAAUAUUCAUGACACGUUAAAGAAUUAUAUUCUUGUGUCUGGAUUCAGCUUCUACGAUUAUACUUACGACGUGGGCUCUUUUUCUUUAGAUGUGUUCAUGAACGACUUUUUCUUCCUCUCCAAUAAUAACAAUAAAGACAGGGGUACUUUUAAAAAUGUCACCUCUAGCAUCAAGUACGCAUCUACUGCCAAGGACAAAUUAAGUGUCUACAAAAUAGAGAAGGCGAUAAAAGAUUUCCUCGCGGAAUCGAAUCUACGGGUUCUAGAUCUUAAAUUAAUUCAUCAUCUUUUUUCCAGAAAUUUCAUCCUCAAUUGCACUGAAAAUGAUAUAGUAGAUUUCGUGACAAACCUUGUAAACAUCACAGGGGUCGACAUUUCCCCACGGAUCGGAGCUACCAUCUUUGCCUACCUUCUCCAAAAGGUUAAUAUAUACCUAAUGCCCAGUUAUCCCACCAAAACCAGAAAUAGCUACCUGUUAUUUAUGGAGAACAACGAUCUUCUAUUCUUCGUAGAGUCUAUUUACAGAGACAUAUUUAAAAAUUUCUACCGAAUUAGCAACUCCCACGGUGACCUCCCGAAUGCUCAGAAUCUAGACCAGGUGCUAGCCCUUACACCAUGGGUUCAGAAAAUCUAUCCCAAUUUCGGGAGCACCUAUGAUUUCUUAACUAUGAAAUAUGGACUAUCUCUCUUUUACAACACUUACCACAUGAUUAUAAACUUUUUCCAAGGAGACAUCAAGAUGAAACAGAUCCUACUGGAGCAUAAGGAAUCUAAGAAGGUAGAUACGCUGGACAAAUUUCUCAACGAAGUCUUGGCGCUCUUCCCCCAGGGUUCGAGUAGCUCUGUGUGGCCCUCGUCCCUCUUAUCCAUGGCCCAAGUGGAAGAGAAACCCCGUGGACGUGUUCUCAGCGAAGACAAAAUAAGCGGCAUGGGAGAAGAGAGCAAUGAGGAUGACGAUGAGGAUGAUGACGUACCCGAUGACGAAGACGAUGAAGAGUCCAAAGAAGCAAAGGAAGCACAGGAGGAAGCCACCGCAGAUGAGAACCACGCAGAUGUAUACGCACGGGAAAAAAACAAAUACAAUGAACUGAGACAAAUAGUAGAAACAGAACUCAUAAAAGAAAGAAAGGAAUAUGCACAAAAGAAGCACGAUGAGGAGGAAAGGAUAAAAAAAGAGGAACAAGAAAAAAUCGCAGAAACGGAUAAGAAACACGAAUUGGAAACCCAGGCGUUGGAAGCAGAAGAAGCAAAAACGGAACCAGAUGACGAUGCUAAAUUUGAAAAGGAUUAUCAAGCAAGUCGUGAACAAGAGAGGGAAUCUGCAAGACGACGUAUAGAAGCAUCCAUAAAAGAUGGCACUUAUAACGCACACGCAGAAAUUACCAAACCCCCAGACUCAUUUUAUUACAGCACCUCAUUGAAUGCAUUAUAUGAUCAAAUGAAAAAAGAGUAUGAAAAAGGUGUUGAUUCUGGGUUCCAAGUAGUAGCAGAGAUUGAAGCAAAACUGAACCAAGUCUACAAAACGUUGGCGAGAAAAGGCGUCCCUGAUUAUGCUGAGUUGAAAGAUGAAGUAAUAGAAGCCAACCAGAAGCUGUUCGAAGAAUUAAGCACCAAAGUGAAGAACGAAGAAAGUAGAAAAAAAAACAUCCUGGAGUAUAAGUCAGAGUUAGAUACAUGUCUGGAGAAAAUUAUGGCGAAAAAUGAAGACGGACAAUAUAACAUUACCGCAGGACUUAUAAUGCAAAAUUUUAAGAAGUACCAAAAUGAUCUUAUGGAACAAUGUGAAAAAGGAUUCUAUGGAAAAUUUAGAAAAUCUCUUGGGUCGAGAAAAAAAAUAAUGUUGAAAAAAUUAAGAGAAGCUCUCAAGUACUCUAUCAGAAUCAUGCAGGAUCUAGCACCUAGUUACGAUGAGGCAGCAUACACAAAAACCUUCACCGAUAUUUAUAUGACGAAAAAAGAGUCUUACAAAAAAGAUUACAUUACGGCUAGGAGAGUAAUUUCUAAGAACAUGGAUAUAGCAUUCAGGAAGCAUAUCAAACUACACUACGAAGAGAUAGACGUGGAAAUUAGAAAAGAGCUUCAAAUAAUUCGCCAAGAAGCCCUCAAGAAAAUUGAUGAAAUUUACGCAGAGCUUUUUAACAUAGCGCACGUGGAAGUACAAAUAGAUUUGGAGUCUAUAAAAAAUGAAAAACUGAAAAUGAAGAAAAAGGUUUUCCAAAUCGUCAGACAAAAUACCAAUUACCCAAAUGAUUUGAAACUUCUGGAAAGCACCUUAGCCAAAUACAAUGCGGACGAAACUGCAGAGGGGAAGAGCAAAAAAGAUCAACUUAAUGCCGAUAUUACCAAGCUAAAAGCGACAAUCGAAAAGAAUAAAACUGAUGCGGCGAGUCUUAUAACCCACUUUCAAUCCAUUUCAGAGAAGUACGAACAGGUCCUAAUAAAGAUGGAUGCGAUAGACUAUUUGGAAAAACGAUUUAGACUCUUCCGUUUCGAAGUAGCCAAGGAGUACAAAGAUAGCAACCUGCACACCGAUGCGCUGGUUCCCCUUUCGAACAAAGACGCAGGAGAGUACAUAAGAAUUGAAAGUAUCACUAAAGAUCUACUUAACGAUUUGGACCAAAUAAAUUACGACAUCCAUGAAACCAGGAUUCUCCUCCAUUCACUCAAAACGAAGAAGAAGCACAUCGAAUUGGACAUACAAAUAGGUGAGAAGCUCUACAAAAUGGAGGAAAAAGCAGAUAUCAACACGAUGAAUGACAAAAAUAAAGAGAAACUGAAGGAGGUAGUUACUGACAUAGAGAAUGAAGAACAUAAAUUGGAAAAACUGUACAUCAGGAGAGACAUAUUCAUGAAGGAUCUAAACUUCAUCGUGAGUGAUAGCGAAAAAGAUCCCCCAGAAACGAUAAAAUUCCUCCUCCCAGAACUUAUACAAAAAACAGAUAAAAAGAAUUUAGAGAAUUUUUUGAUCGAAAUUAUGAUGGAAACGGAAAUCGAAAAUAAUGCACUAACCAACCUUAUUAAGACUUUCAAUAAAGACGUGCUCUUCUACAAAUACCACAUCAUCAACCCAUAUGACUACUUGCAGUUACCCACUGAUGAAAAAAAUAUUGAUGAAAAAUUCUCAGCCCAAGUGCAUAAAAAUUCUGAGAUGUUUGCACAGAAAUUGGAAAGCUUCCGAGUGGAGUUAAAAAAAUACAGAAAGUUGGUGAAGAACCAAGGAGGGCUCAAGCAAACAGAAGCUCUAACCUACCUUAAGAGGAACAUUGCCCAUUUGAAAAAUAUGAUCCAUUCUCUACGCAACGGAAUACAUAUAGAAGAUUUCAGUUACAUUUUGACGAGUCCGGAUUUUUUUCAAAAUAAGGGAAUUAAAAAUGAAGACAUGCAAAGCGAACAAGCACACACAUCCUUGGUGAAAAGUUAUCUUUCCUUGAACUCCCUAGGUAAGGUACUCACUGACACACAGAAUAAAGCAUUACACUUCGGCAUACAUUACAAGUACACAUCAGAUAAAGUCUUAUGGUAUCUAGCCAUCCUAAAAAAAUACAUUGAAAGAACGGAGAUGGUAUAUAAUAACUCCUACGAUGGGCAGAAGAAGUCCAGUUUAUUGUUACCAGAAUUCAUAAAAAAUAAGGCCGAUCUUGCUUUGGAACAUCCGGUCCUUCUUCAAUACGGAGGAGAUAUAUGGGAUGGCUCAUGGGGAUUUGCAUGGGGCGAAGCCGCGGACAAAAAAAAGUAUCUGCGCGUCGUGAAGAAAGAGCAGACCUAUCCAUACAAGUUGAAAGAAAUAAAGGAUGUAUAUGUUGUGGAUAAAAUUGUAAAGGAAAAACUGGUUCGAACCGGAAAGUUGGAUUCCCUCAAGGAGUACAUGCAUGUGAAGGUGUAUAACAUCGUGGAAGUGAAGGACUCACCCAUAACCCUCUUCGAUAAAGAGGAGCUGAAGCAAUUAAAGUUAUUAACUCCAGAUGGACACAUCACUCAAGGCAGUGUUAAGAAUUACCUGACCCACUUGGGGUUCAUGUCAAAAGGAGGAGCAAACGUCGAGGGAGGAACCAGUGCAGAGGAGCAUCUACCCGCCAUCCUACAAACAGCGGCGGAAUACCUAAAACAAAGUAACAUCAGUUACGAUGCCAUUUUGGAAGUACUAAAAUAUCUGAAGGCUACACCCAAUGCGAUUAACGUGCGGGACAUCAUAACCCUGAGUGAAAUAAUUUUAGACAAUUCGAAUGUUUUCUUCGUGAAGGAAGACACGCUCAGCAUCUACAUUAUAACCUUUUUAGAUCUUCUCGGGGUGCAGGUGAAUAUGGACGACAUACAGAGAAAGGACAAGAAAUCCAGAGUGAUGACUUACCUGAGCAUUUUAAAAAGUUAUUACAAGAAAGUAGAAAUUAAGGAAGAAAUAAAGAAACACGUCUUGCGCUUUCUGAGGCCCAGUGAUGCAUUCCCAACAUUAUCCUACAACCCAAAGCUGCACGAGUUCCUUCUAGGGGUUCAGCAAAGCUUGGAUGGAAACAAAAUUUUGUACGAAGCAUUUAAAAAGGAAAAUACUAAUUUUUCAACAGAACUUUUAAGCGGAAUAAAGAAAGGGAUUAGCGAUUUCAUGAAUUAUAUCUUGGCUAAAGUAGCUACAUAUAGUCCAGAGCAUUUCAAGUCCAAAUAUUAUCAUGAGCAUAAGUACAAUCAACAAGAAAUGGAAGUGUUAAGAAUUACUUCAUAUAGUACCCAAAGGAUUAAUUUCGGCACACUAAUGACACUAUUUUUUUAUUUUGUAAAUCCGGACCUCCGAAAUAUGCUGCAUGAGCAUGUCAUAAAAGCAGACUUGUCUUGUCUCGACAAAUUUUCCACCUUCGAUUUUAAGGAUAUCUUUUCCAUCACAAGUGACACCCAAUUGAUAAAACUCUUCCAUGAGAAAAUUGGACAUUUUCAAUAUGGACGUACCCAUUCAUUAGUAUACUUAUGGAGAUACUUAUUACAUCCCGAUAAUAAGGAGUUCUUUACCUACGAAAAGGUGAGUUCUGUUGUCGAAAAAUACUUCUCACACAGUGUAUUUGAUGAUAACACUCGGACCAUGCUCUCCAAAUUGGCCUAUUCCUUCCUCGCCAGAAUGUCUUACCAUACAGUGUCCUACUUUGAUAUCCAGAUAGAACAUUUAAUUGAGAAGAGCGAUAUUGAAUUGAUUUCUCUCUUCCAUAACAUAUUAAAUAAGUUAAAUUUCCUUCUAUAUUGUACGAACUCCAAACCAUACCUAGAACGAUAUGCCCCCGCGAACCUAUUGUCGUAUACCAGACCAUUCAAGUUAGAUGCACUAAAGAUCUUCCACCAGUUUGUGAAUUCCCUCCCACACUAUUUACGUUCUUACAUUGUUAACUUCUUCGAAACGGACUUCUCCGAAAUAACGGAAAACUUGAUAGUGGAUUUGUUUCACCACAUUCAGUCCUUCCUGGAAAAUGAUAGUAGCUCCUUCGAAUCGGAAAAGGAAAACAAAAUCGAGUCUUUCUUCAAAUUGAAUUAUUUCUUCACAAAAAAUAAAAAUGUUACGGAUGGAAACUAUCAAUCCAUGAUUCAGGAAGACCCGAAAUUUAAGGACGCCAAAAUUAUCUUCAACAGGAGGGUCAAAUAUGAUCAUGUUAAUAAAAAAAGUAACUACCAAGAGAAUCUUCAUUUGGCAGAUCUCAUAGAUGAACAAUCAUUUAAAAUGCUACUACAAACGCUCAUAAAAGAACAAAUAAGUUUUGAUGAAGUGAAUGAAAAAUUUAAAAAUUUCAUGAACACAAAAAAACUUGUCUUCCCAAAAUUUGAUAUCCUAAAAACCAAAAUUACAAAAACAGCAGAUGAUCUUUAUUAUCUGAAAAUUUACAAAUAUCUUUAUGAUACAUUUCAGAAAAUGCAUGUAACGCAGCCUAUCCACGAUUUGUACUUUCUAUUUAUAAAGGUUCUUCUCGAUUAUUAUGUUGCUCCCUUUAAAUUCAAGAACGAACAUGUACAGGAGGACCUGCACACAGAGCUUGCACGCAAGUACCAGAAGUAUAUAGAAUUCCUCUCGCAGCUCUUCCCUUGUCUUUUCAACUUUUACUACUAUGAUGAUACGGUUCUCUGCCAAAAUUUUGGAAACUACAGUGAGGAGGAAUUUUCCCCUGAGCAAAAAAUGUUGAAUAUUCUGCAAACCCCUUUUGUGCAACUCCCGCAGACAGUACAGAACAACCAAAUAAACUUGGAUUACCACAUAAAUGAGGAGGAUCUUUUCUUUGACUUUAUUAAAGAAUUCAUACCAGAGAGUGGAAAGAUGGACCAGAAUCAACUGAAAGUAGAAUCUUUCAAAAUCAGAUACUUCAUCACAGAAAUAUCAAAAUUUGUCAUGCGAAAAGUUAUGUCCAAGAUGCCAUCGUCAUACAUUUUUAAUAUGGGUUACAAGGACUUUUACAUAAAUGUGGAUGAUAUAGUUAACAAUUUACAGCCACUCUUCGAGCAAGUUCGAAAAGUGAAAGAACCAUCGGAUUCAGUUAAUUCCUCCUACGGCGUUAUCAGUGGAACUAUAGCAAAUUUCAUGGACACAAACAAUGCGGAAGCCUCUUCUUUCCGAUUUCAAAAUAUCAAGUUUUAUCUGAACAGCCACGUUACGCAAUUGUUCCUACAAAAUAAUAUGUCUUUUAAGUACUUCAUGGACUUCAUCAAAAAUAUUGACAAGUUCAAGACCUACUUCCCCUCCCUCUCUGAGUUGUACGUUUUCGUGGACAAGCACGUGAACAUCAUCAACGCCAUUACACACCCCAAUUUCACCGAGCGCGUCACCACACAGGGGGUAAUCCAAAUUUUCGUCGACACACUCAAGAACUUCGGUGUUGAUCUGUAUGAAAUUUAA